AUGGCACCGCAAAAUGCUCAGACGGAUGCCGGAGAUGACACUGAGGAGGAUAGCGUUGUAGAGGUGAUAACGCGAUACGCAAGGAGCAUUUCACAGAGUCUUAGAAACGCAGUAACGCACGCUGUAGACGCUGGAAAGGAAGCUACGGACUCACUUGCAGAACUACAAUCGCAAAACGAGAAUCUUAAAAGGAUUAAAACAGCUCUAAAUGAAUCACAUGAAACAGUAACUGCUACACAAAAAAUUGUAGACGCAUACGUCAAUUCAGUUACGUGGAUCAGCAAUUCUAUCGCAUGGAAAAAACCAACACGGCUUGAAAAGGCAGAAACAGAUACAAAUAAUGAUCUGACAAAAAAUGAAAGUACAAGAAAUUGGAAAUCAAUACUAUGGCCAAUCACAACCGCCACGCAGGAAACAAAUGUAACAGAAAACAAUCCCGUUGCAAAAGCCAUGGGAAACCUGGCCUCAACAGCCAACGAUCAGCUGGACAUACUCAUCGAAGAACUCAAGAGUAACCGACAAAAAACAGAACUUAUAGCAAAUACUGUACAACAGCAAAACGAAGAUUUAGAACGGAUAAGCGACUCAGCUGUAGCACUACAGGACAGAGUUAACCAAGUAAACCGUGUUUUGCGAGAUAAAACAUGA